GGGUUCGGGUAUUCAUAACCCCCACCCUAAUCCGCUUUGCUUCCCUCUUCACCCGCUAGGGCUUAAUCAAGGGUUUCGAAAGCCAAAACAGCGAGCUUUGAAGCUCAUCAAUGGCGCCAAUGGUCCUCAGUUCUCAGCCAUGGGUGGAGAAAUACCGGCCGAAGCAGGUGAAGGACGUUGCCCACCAGGACGAGGUCGUUCGAGUCCUCACCAAUACCCUAGAGACGGCCAACUGUCCGCAUAUGCUGUUCUAUGGUCCUCCUGGUACUGGGAAAACCACCACCGCUCUUGCCAUUGCGCACCAACUUUUCGGACCUGAACUGUAUAAAUCAAGAGUGCUAGAGCUAAAUGCAAGUGAUGAUCGUGGAAUCAAUGUUGUGCGGACAAAAAUAAAGGAUUUUGCUGCUGUUGCUGUUGGUUCAGGCCAGCGUCAAGGUAGUUACCCGUGCCCACCAUACAAGAUAAUCAUUCUAGAUGAGGCUGACUCAAUGACUGAAGAUGCUCAAAACGCUUUGAGGCGAACCAUGGAAACUUAUUCAAAGGUUACAAGGUUCUUUUUUAUUUGCAACUAUAUAAGCAGGAUCAUCGAGCCACUUGCUUCUAGAUGUGCAAAGUUUAGGUUCAAGCCUCUUUCUGACGAAAUCAUGAGUAGUCGAAUUCUACACAUUUGUAGAGAAGAAGGCCUUGAUUUGGACUCUGAGGCCCUUUCUACUCUAGGUUCCAUUGCUCAAGGCGAUCUUCGACGUGCAAUAACAUACUUGCAGAGUGCUGCUCGUUUGUUUGGCUCAUCGAUUUCUUCCAAUGAUCUGAUCAGUGUUUCUGGGGUGAUUCCCGAGGAAGUUGUUCAGGCUUUCCUUGCAGCUUGUAAGUCUAAUGAUUUUGAUCUAGCAGAUAAAGAGGUUGGUAGCCUAAUUGCAGAUGGUUAUCCAGUUUCCCAAAUGCUGUCUCAGCUCCUUGAGGUGAUCGUGAGCGCGAAUGAUAUAUCUGAUGAGCAGAAGGCAAGAAUCUGUAAGAGACUAGGUGAAACAGAUAAGUGCCUGGUUGAUGGGGCUGACGAGUACCUGCAAUUGCUGAAUGUAGCCAGUCACACCAUGCGAGCUUUUGGCAACAUGCCAGAGGAGUUUCAAUUUGAAUAGAUUUAACUGCAGGCUAACUAUUCUUGAAUUGCUUGUCUUGUCUUCCAACUCUUAGAUCUCUUUAUCAUGCUUGUGUUUCAACUAAAACUGUCAUUUAGGAAAAAAUUCAGGUUUCUAAUUAUUAAGCUCGGCUUUCAUUUCACUGUAAAUUUUAAACUAAAACCUUGCUUAUUUCAAGUUUCCCAAGGAUAGGCCUUGGCCUUUAUUUCACUGUAACUGUUCCAGAUUAUGACUAGUGAGGUUAUUUGAAAUCCUUCUGGACU